GUGCUUACGUCACUGGAGCGCGCCGGAGGAAGCUGCCUCAGCCUCAUGGCUGCUGGGUCCUCGGCGGUCCAGCCGCCAAAGGCGGCCUCUGAAGGGAUAGUGGCAGGACCGGCUGGCGUCCUACCUUGUCUCGAGCUGCCGACCUACGCCGCUGCUUGUGCGCUGGUGAACAGCCGCUACUCGUGCCUCGUGGCUGGGCCGCACCGAAGACACAUCGCCUUGUCGCCCCGCUACCUUAACAGGAAACGCACCGGCAUCCGGGAGCAGCUAGAUGCCGAGCUCCUUCGCUAUUCCGAAAGCCUUUUAGGUGUCCCUAUUGCAUAUGAUAAUAUCAAAGUUGUGGGUGAACUGGGAGAUAUUUAUGAUGAUCAAGGACACAUUCAUCUUAACAUUGAAGCAGAUUUUGUAGUUUUCUGCCCUGAACCAGGGCAAAAGCUUAUGGGUAUAGUCAAUAAAGUAUCUUCUAGCCAUAUUGGCUGUCUCGUACAUGGAUGUUUUAAUGCCUCCAUCCCAAAGCCUGAGCAGAUGUCUACUGAGCAGUGGCAUACUGUGGAGAUAAACGUGGGUGAUGAACUGGAAUUUGAAGUAUUUCGUUUAGACUCAGAUGCUGCUGGAGUGUUUUGCAUUCGAGGAAAACUAAAUAUCGCUAGUUUACAAUCUAAGUGCAUUGGAAUGUCAGAAGAAGUAGCAGAAACUGUCACAGAUGAAGCUGUUGAAAAAAUUUUGAAGAAGAAAAAGAAAAAAAAGAAAGCCCCAGAAACAGAUGAAGUGGAUGUUAGCAUCACAGAGCUCACAGAUUUAGAAGAUGUGACUCCAAAGGAAGAGGCAGACCUGCAGAUUAGUAAUCCUGUGAAUGAUCUCUGUGAAGAAGAGCCAAAGAAGAAAAAGAAGAAGAAGAAAAAGCAGCAGGAGUAUCAGGAUCAGGACCCUGUUCUCCAAGGUAGUGACUCCAGUGGUUACCAAAGUGACCAUAAAAAGAAAAAAAAGAAAAGAAAACACAGUGAAGAGGCUGAACUCUCCCCAGUUCUGGAAUGCUCACCUAAAAAGAAAAGAAAAAAGUAAUUUUAUUUAGGACUUUUUAAAUAUGAUAACAUUUGUCAAGACUAUACAAAAAAGAGAAAUAAAUAUUUGGAAUGAUAUGAAAUGCUUAUGUGUGCCAAUAGUUUAUAAAACAGGGAAUACUCAGGUAGUAGUUGGAAAGUUUUUGUGCUGGGUAAUGCCAGUAUUAAAAGUACCAUUUUAUUGUGUAUAGAAAGUGAUAAAUGUUGCUCUCAUUCUUGAUUCUUAGAGAUGUUGCAAUAUAAAAUUGUUUUUAUACCCUCAACAGUAGCAAAAAAAGCAUAUUUUUUUUUUCCUGGUAAUGAGUUUUACCUUUAGCCAAACACUGUUUUUAGUUUGCUUUAAAAAAAAAAAAAAAAAAAACUCAGUACAUUUUUCAGUUUUUAGUUUUCUUUUAUCAUAGCUACAGUGUUGCUGUUGUUUUUAACAUAAAAUCAAUUGCCAAAGGAACCCCUGGAGUUUAGAUUUCUUAAGUACUAUGUCGCUGUUGAAUGUCCAGUGAGAGAUAGUAUUCACUAUUAUAUCCUUCCGUCUUUGUAUAUUUUAAUUCUUGACAGAUGGAUAUAAACAGUUCUUGUAAUGAAAGUUGUACUUCUUUCUUUUAUGGAGUGCAAUAUUAAAGGAAGAGCAUACAUAUAUACAUACAUACAAUACAAAUAUGGAAAUACAGAUAAUUAAUAAUUGUGGCAUGUGCCAUGAAGAAAAUGAUCAACCACUCCAGUUACCUACAUUAGUAUUGGCAGAUAGAUGAAUGAUUGCCACUUUUGGUGCCGUUCUAUCUAAUACAGACAAAGCACUAGUCUCAAAGUUUAAUGUUUGAUACCGAGCAAAUUCUGCUAGUGGUAUACUUGGUCUAAUCUGUAAGAAUAUGAGGAAGACUUCUAAGGUGUUUGACGGUUCACAGCAUUGGUCUACAAGGAGAUGUGUCAGACACUAGAAAUAUGCUAGCUAGUGUCUUUCAUUACAGUUGAAUUUUUGAAAUGACUUGUCCAAAUUAAGAUGUUAUUAAGUAUAAAGUACUAUAAGGUUUUCAAGAUACACAAAAAAGAUAUACAAAAAAUGAUUUACAAGAUACGCUUUUUAAUUCAAUUUUUAUACUGAUGAAAUCAUAACUAUUUUUGUAUAGGGCGUUAAGUAAUAUACUAAUUGCAGUCUGUUUUCAGUUCAUUUUUCUACAAAGGUUAAAGAUUGUAUAAGAGUCCUCAUUAUCUUUCUUAGAAGUGUUACUUAGAACAAAAUGAGUGUUGAAAAUGGGUUGAAACAAAGUAAGUUACCAAGAUUUAAUGUAGUGAAAUACCCACAAAAUGUUCACUUUAAAUUUUAUAAUUGAGAUUGUUGGACAAUAUGGGAAGUAAGUGAAAUAAUUCUAAAUAUUCCAUGCAUAUCAAGAAAAAUAGCAAAUUAAUGGUACUUAUGGAAAGAAACAUUGCAAUUUAGCAAAAAAAAAAAACCAAAUCCCAUUGUUUUUAUUUUGCUUCGGGUAUUGUUUCUGCUGUGUUUUACUUAAAAAAAAAAAAAAAAUGCCACUUUGAAGAAAGAAGGGUGGCACCUGAGAUUUAUUAUCUUAAUCCUCAUGAUUAAGGAUUCAAAUUUUUCCUCUGUGUCUAUUAUGUUAUGUGGGUACAAAGUUUUAAACACAGAGGAAUCCAGGUGGACCUAAUGCAAUCACAUGGCGCUCUUUAAUACCAGAAAAUUUUCUACAGCUGAUGACAGAUGAGGAAGUGAGAAAGUUCUGGAAUGUGGAAAACAUGAUAGAAGGUAGGCGCUUUCUAACUGAAGAUGAGGAGCUAUGUGGCAUGGGCCUGAUUAACUGAGAAGUACCCCUGGUGAACAGCCAGCAGCAAAAUUAUACUACAUACAACAGAGUUCUGCCAGUUAUAAAAAUAGUCCAAGAAGUAGAUUUUUUUCCUCAGAUUCUCCAGGUAAGAAUUUAGUUAUUAACAAGUUAGUAUCAGUCGUAUGAAAUUGCAGGUAGAGAAUCUACCCCAAGCCUGUUAGACUUCUGACUGAUACAACUUCAAACUGCACAGUAGUUGUUCUUUUAAGCCAUAAGUCUGGUGAUUUUUUUUUUAAGAGAAUAAAACCAAACAAAACAGAAUAAAGCCAAGGAAAACAAAACAGUGAAAGCCAUACAGGACUUCAAAACAAAAUAAUAGGAGAUUAACAAUGGCUGCCAUAAUGUCUCUUGUUACCUUCAAAAUAGCUGCCCAUACCAUCGGACCUAAUAAAAUCAAAUAAAGAACCAAUCAAAACAAAACCGAAAGUGAUACAGGAUUUUAAAACAAUAGGAAAUUGACAUUGGUACCAUGAUACAUCAUGUUAUGUUCAAAAUAGCAGCCCAUGCCAUCAGAAAAAACCAAACAAGACAGAGUAAGGCCAAUCAAAACAUAGUAAUGAAAGUGAUACAAGACCUCAAAAUAAUAGGAAAUUAACAGUGACUACCAUCUUCUCUUUUUAGAUGUUUCCUCCCCUUUCACUCUCACAAUGUCUAUUGUACAUUUUGGAUUCCACUAACUCCUUUAGCUUUUUAUACUAGGGAGACAAUAUGAUGUUCAACUGUGUGAAUCCAAACCAUUUCACCCAAGAGCACAAUCACAAGUUGUAUCCAUUUACCUGCAAGAGCUUCAUGUUUACUUUUCUUAAUGGCUGAGUAGGUUUCCAUUGUAAAAAAGUGCUGUAUCUUUCUUAUUCAUUCUGUAAUGAUUUGUCACAGACACAUAAUCAACUAAUACAGUUGUGUGAUAUAUAAUAGUUCAGUCAGUGACUGACCACAUUUCUGAGGGAAGCUAUGCCGGAUAGCUUAGGUGUGAAGAAGGCUGUGCCACUUACCUUUCCGUAAGUGUAUUUGCAUAAGUACCCAACAAUGAAAUAAACACAUUUCUCAGAAUGUAUUUCAGUUGUUAAACAAUAUAUGACUAAAACAGCCUUAUGAUACAGUUUGAUACCUAGUUACAUUGUGUACUUACAAAAUUGUAUUGAUUAAUCUUUAUAUAUGUCUUUUGGAUGCAUGAAAAAAUUGAUUUUAUCUCAAAAAUGCUUUGGGGCCGUAUCCAAUGGCAGUACAACCGUAUUCUGUAGUUUUCCUCACCAAUAAAAAUGUUAAGUUCUUA